UCUUAAAUCUAAAAUUAGUAAGACUUCCCAAAACCAAAUGAAUGUCACCCAAAAAAGUACAAAGAAAAACGUUAAAAGAAAAGAUGGGAAGAGCUGCGAGAUGGUUCAAGGGUAUUUUCGGUAUGAAGAAGAGCAAAGAGAAAGAGAACCGUGUCUCCGGCGACGGUGGAGGAGAAGCCGGUGGGUCUAACAUUCACCGGAAAGUUCUUCAAGCUGACUCCGUCUGGCUCAGAAGUUACCUUGCGGAAACAGACAAAGAACAGAACAAACACGCGAUUGCGGUUGCUGCAGCUACAGCCGCGGCCGCAGACGCAGCGGUUGCAGCGGCUCAGGCUGCUGUUGCUGUGGUCAGGUUAACAAGUAACGGAAGAACCGGAGGAUAUUCCGAGAACACAAUGGAGCGGUGGGCCGCCAUGAAAAUUCAAUCAGUCUUCAAGGGCUAUUUGGCAAGAAAAGCGUUAAGAGCUUUGAAAGGUUUAGUGAAGCUACAAGCUUUGGUUAGAGGUUACUUAGUCCGCAAACGCGCCGCCGAAACACUUCAUAGCAUGCAAGCUCUUAUUAGAGCCCAAACUAGCGUCCGAUCGCAACGCAUCAACCGCAAUAACAUGUUUAAUCCUCGACACUCACUUGAGAGGUUGGAUGAUUCGAGAAGUGAAAUCCAUAGCAAGAGAAUAUCAAUCUCUGUUGAGAAACAGAGUAACAACAAUCACAACAACAAUGCGUACGAUGAGACCAGUCCCAAGAUUGUGGAGAUUGACACAUACAAGACGAAAUCAAGAUCAAAGAGAAUGAAUGUUGCUGUAUCCGAAUGUGGAGAUGAUUUCAUCUAUCAAGCCAAAGAUUUCGAAUGGAGUUUUCCGGGAGAUAAAUGCAAGUUUCCUACGGCUCAAAACACGCCGAGAUUCUCUUCAUCGGCGGCUAAUAAUCACUAUUACUACACACCGCCUUCGCCGGCGAAAAGCGUUUACAGAGACGCUUGUUUUAGGCCAAGUUAUCCUGGUUUGAUGACACCAAGCUAUAUGGCUAAUACGCAGUCGUUUAAAGCUAAGGUACGUUCGCAUAGUGCACCAAGACAACGUCCUGAUAGAAAAAGAUUGUCACUUGAUGAGAUUAUGGCCGCUAGAAGUAGCGUUAGCGGUGUUAGGAUGGUGCAAACGCAAACGCAAACGCAACCCCAACCGCAAUCGCUGCAACAGAAACGCUCUCCUUGUUCGUAUGAUCAUCUGUUUCGUCAGAACGAGACUGAUUUUAGAUUCUAUAAUUAGUAAGAAACGUUAUUUUCGUCC